CUUUUCCACUUUAUUGUUCUGCCUUCAUCUUUUUUAUACCAUCCUACCUAAUACUAUCUGCUGCCAUCUGGGCCCUCUGCUACAUCUUGGCACUCACUUCGUGUUUCUUCUUUUCUGCAGUAAGAACAGACUUCCUUACCCGCCCUGAAGCCAUUCACAGCAGCAAUGCUCGAGCAAGUACAGAAAUUUCUGCUAUCCAGAGCUGCUUGCGAAGGUCCUGAUCCCCACACCAGAUACGCUGAGCUCUUCCAUAAACUGGAUGUUAAUAAAGAUGGGAAGGUGGACAUCGUGGAACUGCAGGAGGGCCUCAAAGCCAUGGGAAUGGCAGUUGGCAAAGGAGCAGAAGAGAAAAUUGUAGCAGCAGGAGACACUAACAAGGAUGGGCAUCUGGACUUUGGGGAGUUCAUUCGAUAUCUGGAAGAACAUGAGAAGAAAAUGAAAAUAGCCUUUACGAGUCUGGACAAAAACAAGGACGGUAAGAUUGAGUCCGCAGAGAUAAUGAACUCUCUCAAAACUCUGGGCAUCAACAUUUCUUUAGAACAUGCUGAGAAAAUCCUUAAGAGUAUGGAUGCCGAUGGAACUCUCACAGUGGACUGGAAUGAAUGGAGGGACCACUUCUUGUUUAACCCAGCUGACAACAUCCAACAAAUUAUUCGAUACUGGAAGCACUCAACGGUGCUGGACAUAGGAGAUAGCCUCACUAUCCCAGAUGAGUUUACAGAAGAAGAAAAAAAGACUGGACAGUGGUGGAAGCAACUGUUGGCCGGUGGAAUGGCUGGGGCUGUGUCUCGCACAGGAACUGCUCCUUUGGACCGUUUGAAAGUCAUGAUGCAGGUUCAUGGAUCCAAGGGAAAUGCAAACAUCAUUACCGGCCUGAAACAGAUGGUAAAAGAGGGAGGCAUUCGAUCCCUUUGGAGAGGAAAUGGGGUUAAUGUGAUUAAGAUUGCUCCUGAGACAGCAAUGAAAUUCUGGGCAUAUGAGCAGUAUAAGAAACUGUUCACAUCAGAGAGUGGCAAAUUGGGAACUGCGGAGCGGUUUAUAGCUGGAUCUCUUGCUGGAGCAACAGCACAAACCUCAAUCUACCCUAUGGAGGUUCUAAAAACUCGUUUGGCUGUGGGGAAAACAGGGCAAUACUCUGGAAUGUUUGACUGUGCUAAGAAGAUAAUGCAGAGGGAAGGAGUAAGAGCAUUUUACAAAGGAUACAUCCCCAACAUCCUUGGAAUCAUUCCUUAUGCAGGCAUUGACCUUGCCAUUUAUGAGACACUCAAAACCUUUUGGCUGCAGAACUAUGCAACAGACUCUGCCAAUCCUGGGGUGCUGGUCUUGUUGGGAUGUGGCACUGCGUCCAGUACAUGUGGCCAGCUGGCCAGCUACCCUUUAGCUCUCAUCAGGACGAGAAUGCAAGCACAAGCAUCUAUUGAGGGUGCACCUCAGCUAAACAUGGGAGGUCUCUUCAGAAAGAUUGUUGCCAAAGAAGGAUUUUUUGGACUGUAUAGGGGCAUUGCUCCUAAUUUCCUAAAGGUGUUGCCUGCUGUCAGUAUAAGCUAUGUGGUGUAUGAGAAAAUGAAGAUAAAACUGGGUAUCUGAGAAGUAAAAGAUAUGACUUUCUCACUCAGGAACUCAAGUGUUUAUUCUGUGUUUAAACGAGCCAUUGUGGGAGGUUUCUUUUAUAGGGGCUGGAAAACUAAAUCCUGUCCAUCAGUGAAUCAGAUGGUUGGCUCUGCUAUCACCAGAGUGAUAAUGGUUAAAACCGAAAAACAAAAAAAGAUUAAAUCUAUCUUUUAUUAUUUUGGGGGUGGGAACAUUUACCAUUCUAGUCUGUUCAUUUUUGUUCCAAGAGCUUUUUAUAAUGUCCAAAUUGAGCUCAAUUCCAUACAAUGUUCAUUUGGAAAUCCUAAGUGAACGUGAAACAGGUUCAUCUUUAUGUAUGCAUCUUUUUUAAACAUUUUAAUUGUGACCAUAGGGGAUUGUUUAACAACCAAAAUUAAAUGUUCAGCCAAGUCUUAAAUUGGCCUUAAAGUUAUGAGAGGAGAGCAGCAAUGGAGACCUAUAGUUAUUUCUGUGAAUGUUUUUAUGUAUGUAAUGAACAAUGGCUGCUAAAAACAAAUCAAUUCAAAGGGCUUGUGAUAUUCAUAUGCAUUAGGCCUCAGAAAAGGGGUUUGCUUCAUUUGUAUCCACCAUUGUUUAGAACUGAUGCUCCAUGGCAACUAACUUGUAAACUAGUUUAAUUCUUUAUCGUCCAUUUCAGCCUGAAGUUACACUGUCCAUGAUAGAGUGCCUUACCAUGUAUACAACAGGUACUUUAAUCCCUGUAUUGAACCUACAGAGUUAUCAUUAUUUUCAUGUACCCACUCACUGUCAUUGUUUUAAUAGAAAGAAAGGACAGCAGCACACUCACCAUACGGUGGACACCACCAUUCAUCUCUCUUCUAUGCAAUUUCCCUUUGUUGCGUAGAACAAAAUAUCCAAGAACCAUAGACUCUGAAUGAGAGUAUUUUAGUGUGGUUAUGGCAUAUUACUGUAAAUAAUGUUGGACAAGUUCUUUAAAAUGGACAGUAUUUUUAACAGUUCUAUUGCGUCCUUUCCCUGUUGCCAGAUAGAGUUACAUGAAAAGCAAAUCCAUUCUGACUGACCUGGGUUCUGUUUACAAAAAAUAUAUAUAUACAUAUAUAUAUAUAUAUAUGUGUGUGUCUGCCAAAGAUAUCGCUGUGCAAUACCAUAAUGGAUUUGUAACAUUUUGUUUUGUUUUUAUACAGGGCUAAGAAUUUAUAAUGUAAAUAAAUUCCUUAUGUUCACUACA